UCCCCUCCCGGUAUUCCUCUCCCUGCGUCUACACCGAUCUUUCUUCGUUUUGCUGUGGCCAGCGGUAACCAGGCGGGCGACCUUGGGGAAGAGAAUGCGCCCACGGCGAAGGGCGGGGUUUCUGCCUUCCCCUAGAAAAAGAAGGAGAAAAUGACCAAAUCCCAGGAGAUGGUGACAUUCAGGGACGUGGCUGUGGUCUUCACGGAGGAGGAGCUGGGGCUGCUGGACUCUGCCCAGAGGAAGCUGUACCGAGAAGUGAUGCUGGAGAACUUCAGGAACCUGCUCUUAGUUGCACAUCAGCCCUUCAAACCAGACCUGAUAUCCCAGUUGGAGAGGGAAGAAAAGCUUCUGAUGGUGGAGACAGAGAUCCAAAGAGGUGGGUGUUCAGGAAACAAGAAUCAACAAAAGAUGGAGAGUAUUCAAGAAGUGGGAUUAAGCUACCUAUCCCCCAAAGAGCUUUCUUCCUGGCAACAAGAUGCAGAUGGGUUAGUCAGUUGUCAAGAUUCCAUGAAAAAUUUUCCAGGGAGGAAUUCAGAGUUACAAGAACAAGGCGAUUCCCUCUGCCACGUUCAGACAGUAAUACCAAUUCAUAUUUCUGAAGAUGAGAACUAUACAUUAACUCAUAUAGGAGAUGGUUCCAAUUAUAUAAAAAGUCAAGAGUUUCCUUCUUGGAGGGCCCAGCAUUCUUGGAGGAAAAUGUAUCUGACAGCGUCACAUAAUUAUCAGUGUAGAUGUCAGCAAAUUUCCAUGAAAAAUAAUUUUUAUAAGUGUGACAGCAUCAGUUGGGUCUCACAUCACAACGAUAAUCUAGAAGUACAAAGAAAAGAAAAAAACUACAGCUGCCAUGACUGUGGCAAAGAUAUCAUGAAGGUAUCCUUUCUUAACCAGGAUUCAAUUCAAGCAGGGCAGAAUCCCUUCCCAUGUACUGAGUAUAGAAAAGCCUUCAGUAAUGACUCUAGCUCUGAAGUUCAUCAGCAGUUCCACUUGGAAGGGAAGCCCUGUACAUACAAUCCAUGUGGAAAGGUCUGUAGGAAUAGUCUAGUUCUUCAUAUUCAUCAGAAUAUUCAGAGAGAAGAAGAUGGUGGUGAGAGCUCACAUCUGCAGUCCCAUCAGAGAGAACGUACAGAGGAGAAACCAUGUAAAUGUGGUGAAUAUGGUGAGAACUUGAAUCAGUACUCCUCCCGUAAUACUUACGAGCUUAUCCACUCAGGGGAGACGUCCUAUAGGUGCAACAUUUAUGAGAAAGCCUUCAGUCAUAGCUUAGCCCUUAAUAGUAUUUUUAGGGUUCAAACUAGGCAGGAGCCCCAUGAAUAUGAGGAGAAUGGGAAUGUCUUUAAUGAGAGUUCAUGUCUUCAAGUCCAUCAGAAAAUCCACACUGAAGAGAAACUAUACACGGGUAUAGAAUAUGGAAAGGGUUUCAUUUGUCGUUCAAAUCUUAACAUUCAGCAUAGGGUUCACAUGAAAAAGAAUCCCUAUAAUUCUGAGGAAUGCAAUAAUGGCUUCAAUCUGGCCUCACAUUUUCAAGAUCUUCAGGUAGUCCACAGUAGGGAACAACCAUAUAAACAUUAUAUAUGCAGUAACAGCUUCAGUCAAAAUUUGUAUCUUCAAGGCCAUCAGAAGAUUCACAUUGGAGAGAAAACUUAUGAUGAGUGUGAGAAUGUCUUCAACUGGAGUUCAAAACUUAAAGAUCAUCAGAGAGUUCAUACUGGACAGAAGCCCUACAAAUGCAAUGCAUGUGGCAAAAGCUUCAGUCAUAGAUCAGUUCUUAAUGUUCAUCAGAGAGUCCACACAGGAGAAAAACCUUAUAAAUGUGAGGAGUGUGAUAAGGGAUUCAGUCGGAGUUCAUACCUUCAAGCCCAUCAGAGAGUCCACACCGGAGAAAAGCCAUACAAAUGUGAGGAAUGUGGGAAGGGCUUUAGUCGGAAUUCAUAUCUUCAAGGCCAUCAGAGAGUUCACACUGGAGAAAAACCAUACAAGUGUGAGGAAUGUGGUAAGGGCUUCAGUCGGAGUUCACACCUUCAAGGCCAUCAGAGAGUCCACACUGGAGAAAAACCAUUCAAAUGCGAGGAGUGUGGGAAGGGCUUCAGUUGGAGCUUUAAUCUUCAAAUUCAUCAGAGAGUUCACACAGGAGAAAAACCCUAUAAAUGUGGAGAAUGUGGUAAAGGCUUCAGUAAGGCCUCAACUCUUCUAGCCCAUCAGAGAGUCCACACGGGAGAGAAGCCUUACCAAUGUCAUGAGUGUGGCAAGAGCUUCAGUCAGAGAUCGUACCUUCAAAGUCAUCAGAGUGUCCACUCUGGAGAGAGACCAUAUAUAUGUGAGGUAUGUGGGAAGGGCUUCAGUCAGAGAGCAUAUCUUCAAGGUCAUCAGAGAGUCCACACUAGAGUGAAACCAUAUAAAUGCGAGAUGUGUGGGAAGGGCUUUAGUCAGAGUUCACGCCUUGAAGCACAUCAGAGGGUUCACACAGGAGGGAAACCAUACAAAUGUGAGGUGUGCACAAAGGGCUUCAGUGAGAGUUCACGCCUUCAAGCACAUCAGAGAGUCCAUGCAGAAGGGAGACCCUAUAAAUGUGAACAGUGUGGUAAAGGUUUCAGUGGGUAUUCCAGUCUUCAAGCCCACCACAGAGUCCACACUGGGGAGAAACCAUACAAAUGUGAGGUGUGUGGAAAGGGCUUCAGUCAGAGAUCAAACCUUCAAGCUCACCAGAGAGUCCACACAGGAGAGAAACCAUAUACAUGUGAUGCAUGUGGUAAGGGUUUUCGUUGGAGCUCAGGUCUUCUCAUUCAUCAAAGAGUCCAUAGUGGUGAUAAAUUCUAUAAAAGUGAAGGGUAUGGUAAGGAUUAUCCUUCAGCAGAGAAUCUACACAGAAAUGAAGAUUCUGUUUUGUUUUGAAGUCCUCAAAUGGGAGCUGAAAUUUUCCAGUCACUAGAGUUCUUUUAAUAUUAAAAGAAUCUUUUUCAAAUGAAACUGUAAUGUUUCUGCCCAACUUCAACAUUCAUAAUGGUCAGGAGACCACGCAGCAGAGACUUUUAAUGAGAGGGGCUCCAUAAGGGAUUUUUUGUCAGAACUUCAACAUCAGUCGUUGCACAGGAGCUCUGGUUUUGUAGACUUACUACAAAAGACUUACUACAGACUUAGUAAGUCUACAAAACGGCAUUUCAUAACUCAUUGUAGGUGCUCAGUACUUUUUGCUAAAUGAGAAAAGGUAUGUAAAUGUUUGAAAAUUUUAUUAAGCUCAUUUUAAGGAACUUCAUUUAAAAUGUAUUUGGAGGAGGAAUCCUGCAAGUAAUCUUAAUAAAAUCAUUUCAGGCAAAUACAUAUUACUUGAAAUGUAGAACAUCAAGCAGUAUUGCAAUCUGAAAUAACAUGAAUUUGGUUGUAACCCUGUAUUGGAAUUGGUUCCUGUCCUUUGUUUCAUCUUGAGCAGGGCUGUAUUGAAUUUCUUAACAUUUGGUAUACUGUAUACAGUAUAUAUACCAUCAGUUGAAGUUUAGCUUUGUGUGCAUUUAUAUGUACACAUGUGUGCACUUUAAAUGACAGUACAAACUGAUAAUGUUUCUGGUUAACUUUGCAAAAAUGGAAAACUAUUUUACAUAAUUGAAUUUCUAUUCCUGCCAUGUGUAUUAAGGCAAAGUUUUACUGUAAUAUUUGGAAAGUGUCAGAAAUGGUUACUGAUGGCAAAUACUUUUUAAUAAAUGUCAAAGAGUUACAAUACUUGGUUUUUCACUCUCCAUAUUUCCGUCAAAGUGCAUUUGAGCUGCCUGAUUUCUAAGUGUAGCCUUUGUCCAAUCCAAAUCUCCUUAGGCAGAGUCUGUGAUAAAUUUGAAGGACUUUAAUUCUGUCCUGUUCUCCAACCCUGUACUUCUCCCACUCACACACAAAAAAGGGGAAAAUUCUUGAAUUUUUCAAAGCAUUUUAUCAAAUAUAUUGACUGUUAGGGUAGGAUGGCCAUUUAGUUGCUGGUCUCUAUCUUUAAGAGCAAUGUGUUUGUUGGUGGGAGUGAAAAAUACAUGCUUGUCAUCAAAUAUAUAUUUAAAAAAUCAAGUUCUCUAUAUAUUGCAAAAUGUAAAAUGUGCAUCUGACAAUCAUAGAAUUUAUGAUUAAUCUUAACAGUGAGAAAAGAUCUUACAAUAGUAAUUUUUUAAACUGGAAAUAAAUGCCCAUCAGUAGGAAUGUGGCUGUUUCUAUAUGUUCCUAUAUUAUGGAGCUACAGAAAGUAUGGAAUAGAUCUAAAAUGACAAGAAAGGAUCAUACAUAUUGUUUAGUGAAAAUGAGGAUUGUACCUUUAUAUUAUCCAGUUAAUUUAAGUCCGUAUACAUAUAUGUUCAAAAACAUGCUUAUAGAUGAGGUGUGGAAGGUUACUCAUUAUGAUUGCAGUGGUAGGUUUUUCUGUUUGUUUUUGUACUUGGUUUAAAAACACUGGGCUGGGUGCGGUGGCUCAUGCCUGUAAUCCUAACA